AACCUUUUACUUGGUUUCUUCCUGCCGCCGGGCCCAACUUCCUUGCUCUCCUCUUCUAAUAUUACGUCGGUCAGCUACAGGGCGUUCCGCGUUUGCGCGUUAGGCCUUGGCGGGAGCAGGAGCGGGUCGACCCGUGUAUGUAUGGCUUCCCUUUUUUUCAUGGGAGGAAUCUGUAUCACAAUGUACAUCCAAAUGCUAUAUCAACAGCGAAAAGCACUAAGUUGCACGCAUUUCUCAGGUAUUCUCCCACGCAAACUCUACGCUCCGUGAGCUAAUUAAUCAUGGGCCUUAUCGGCACCAUUCGCCGCUACCUGGACGGGAAGCUGAAGUCCGGUCGCCCCAAGGAGGACGGCGACGAUUUCGGCAUAGCUUUCGAGGCUUACGACCUCUUCAUUGGCCUCCGUACGCUUCAAGUGGCCACUGAUUUCUUCUCCCCGUCGAAUAAGCUCGGUCACGGAGGCUUUGGUCCCGUCUACAAGGGGGUGAUGCCGAGUGGCCAAGAAAUCGCGGUGAAGAAGCUCUCGUCAUAUUCAACACAGGGAGUAAGAGAAUUCACUAAUGAGGUGAAACUGCUGUCCGAGAUCCGGCACAUAAACCUGGUUACAUUGUUGGGUUGUUGUGUAGAAGGACCUGGGAAGAUGCUUGUCUACGAGUAUCUGCCAAACAAAAGCCUUGAUUGCUUCCUCUUCGAGAAGUCUUCCACCCUGGAUUGGGCAACAAGAUUCCUUAUAGCGACAGGGGUGGCGAGGGGGCUUCUCUAUCUCCAUGAAGAAGCCCCCAUGAGAAUCCUCCACGGAGAUAUCAGUGCCAGUAAUAUACUGCUGGAUGCAAAACUGAGCCCAAAGAUAUCGGAUUUUGGCCUUGCCUGGCUGUUUCCCGAGGAAGAAACACAUGUAAAUGCAUCUACGAUAUCUGGAACUCUUGGUUACAUGGCUCCAGAGUAUGCAAUGCAUGGACAUCUCUCUGUCAAGACCGACGUCUUCAGUUAUGGUAUUCUCCUUCUGGAAAUCACGAGCGGGAGAAGUAUUCAUGGUUACAGUCACGGUCCGGAGUCUCUUGACGAUGCUGAUCUCUUGGAUUCGGCAUGGAAGCUCUAUGAAGCAGGAAAGACGCUGGAUUUAGUUGACUCGAGCCUUGGCGACUAUUAUGACGCCGAUGAAGCAAGGAUGUGCAUUCAGAUAGGGCUUUUGUGCUGUCAACAAGCUGAUGCAGAUCGGCCCGACAUGAACUCGAUUCAUCUCAUGCUUUCCAGCGACUCGUUUGCCUUGCCAGUGCCGGGUCAACCUGCAGCACUGUACAGUAUUGAUAGAGAGAACUAUUCCCAAAACUCCAUCUCUGUUACCUCCAUUAAUGAAGGUAGAUAAAGGGAUGAAAGUGUUUACUUGUGUUUUACUUUUAUGUGAAGCAUAGGUGAUUUUUUGGUCUGUGUUAGUAUGUCGGGGUUCAGAUGGACAUGUUCUCCUGUGACAUGUCGGUAACUUGGGAUUCGAAAGAAAGAUUUUGUAUUUGGGUUGACUAGAGACCGGAUCACCUCAGUAACCAUCAGUAAUCCCUUCCUCUGGCCUCCACGUGUCAGCCUUUUUCUUUUAUUAAAAUUCAACACGAAGG